GCAAGGCUUUAGCCUCAGGGAUCAAGGAUCCGAAGGAUGGGCCAUGGGCACAUGGGCAACCUCCGAUGCCUAUGCUGAAGGCACGCUGAGGCUGCCCCACCUCAAGUCCGCCAGCGAUGAGUCGUCGGCAAAGUUUCGGCCCAACAACUCCACCAGCAGCUGGCUGAGUUUGGCUUCCACCACGGGAGGGCUGGGGCGAAAGCCCCGCGCGGGGCUGUGGGCCAUUCAGAUGCCGCAGAUGCCGCCCUCGGUAAAGCUUUGGUCCCGCCGCGACCUGCCCUUGGACCUGUCCUUCCAGUCCAUCUUCCCAGAGGACCGUCCCCUGAGCGCCACCUGGCCGAAGGCCAAGACCCCAGUCCGCGGCUUCAAGGGCCGCGCCGCGCGGCCGAUGGAGUCCCGGGGCAAGGCUUCCACCGGGAGUUCCGACGACUUCGAGGAGAGCGUCCGAGUGGUGCCUAACAACAAGGUGAAGCUCCGCACGGACUCUCGUCGCGCGCCCGAGCCGCCGACCUCCGCGGCCUCGACGGCCUCGGGCGCAAGCCGCCGUGUACGGACAGAGGAGGAGGUCACCGGCCGAAGGCCCGCCUCAAGCCCCGAGCCGGAGGAACGGGGCUUCGGCGCCGGCGCCGACGCCUCGAACCCGAAGGCCAUGAGCUCGCCGUCCCAGCACUCGCUCUCGCGCUCGCCCUCCGGGAUAGGCCGGAAGCGCAGCGCCUCCCGUGAGGAGCCGGCGUAUCGGUGCACCUGCGGGGCCACGCAGUUGGGAGAGGAGCCGUGCAGAAGUUGCGGGCAGAAGAGGCAGACGCAGGCGGAGAUGAGGAAGACGAUGAUUCUGACCGCAAAAGAGGAUCUCCGGGUGAGCGUCUUCAAAAAGCUCCAGGAGCACAACGAGAUCCACCGGGACGAGCUGCCGAAGGGCCUAGAGCUCUGUGGCUUCGUCGUCCGCACGGACUGGGUGACGUCCAUUUGCGAGUCCAUCACCAAGUACUCCACGCUGGAACUGGAGGAGUUUCUGGAGCUGGUGAGGGCCUAUGAAGCGAACCAAGACAACGCCUACAAGGUCAUGUUUGAGGAGGCGGAUCUGGACCAGUCGGGCACCAUGGAAGCGGCGGAGCUUGCGGAGCUGCUGAAGAACCUGGGGAUCGAGCCCAUGUCCCACGUGCUUAUGGAGGUGAUUCGAGAAGUGGACGAGCACGGAGAGGGCGCCCUGCAAUUCCCGGAGUUCAAACACCUCAUGGACCUGCUGACCUUACGGGAAGGUUUUACCUCCAGCGAGUACGAGUUGUACCUCGAGAUCUUCGGGCGGUUCGACUCCAAGAACGGGCUCCAGUACCGAGACAUUUCCACGGCCCUCAGCUGGCUCGGCUAUCGACUCAAGGACGAUGUUCUGAGCAGCAUUUUGCGCGAGGCGGCCUUUGACGGGGGACACCUGAACCAGCGGGAGUACUUGCGGGUGUUGCAGCGGGUCCGGGAGUUUGAGCUCCAGAUCGUGCGGACCGCCAUGGAAGCCAACGGCGCCGAGGAGACUGGUGUGCUGCCAAAGCAGGAGGUGCCAGCAGUUCUGAAGCAGCUGGGUUAUGACCUCUGGGACGCCAAAGCCAUCACCGAAGCGGCGGAGCAGGCUGACAUCACGGAGCAAUUCCUGGAUCUCGGAUCCCUCUGGCGCCUCUUGCUGGCCUACCGCCAGCGCGAGGGCAUGCGGAACGAUGAGCUGGAGCAGAUCGACGCGGCCUUCCGCCAGGAGGACGUGGGCCGCGGGCAGUUGGCGUCGCUGGAGGUGCCCAAGGCCAUCCGGGACCUCGGGUACCAGGUGAGCUUCGAGGCCAUGCAGAGCGUGCUGCGCCAGGUGGACAUCGAGGACUCGGGUCUCAUCGGCCCCCUGCAGUUCCGUAAGGUGGUGCGGAUGCUCCAGGAGCGGGACAUGGCGCUCUUCCAGCAGGCCUUCGAUGACGAGGAUGUCGACGCCAGGCAAGUGCUGAGCAUCCCAGCGGCCUCCCGGGCUUUCGCCAACGCGGGCUUUGCCAAGUGCGCGCAGCCGGACUGGACGAGUACGGAGAUGAGUCUCGUGGGCAUCGUGACGCGGGACGGCUUCGUGCGGGCCUGCCUGAAGCAUGUCCGAAUGCUUCGCCAGGCCAUCAUCAAGAACGGGGGCUGGACGGAUCCGGAGGUGGAGAAUUUGAAGGUCCUCUUCCAGAAGUACGACCUCAGCAAGUCAGGCCGCAUUUGCAACAAAGAGAUGAUCCAACUGGUGGAGGACAUUGUGCCGGAGCUGGCCCAUGAGCGGUCCAUGCGGCCCCAGCUGCUGGCUUUGGUCCGGGAGGUGGAUCAGGACAUGGUGGGCCUGAACUUUCAAGACUUCCUGCGGCUCAUGGCGCUCUUCCGUGCCUUCAAGGACAAGCAGCGGCUGCGGAAAGAGCAGCAGGCCAUCAAGGAUUGCGGCUUCAGCCACGCGGAGGUCGCGGACUUCCGGGAGCUGUUUCUGAACUCCCUGGAGGACUCCCCGGACUUGUCCUUUGAUGACUUCCGACAGAUGAUCCACGGCAUCACUCCCUUGGGGGAUGUCUUGACGGCGCAGCUGCGAGAGAUCUUCUUGGCCCAGUGCAAGAAGGAGGCGGACUUCCCGGACUUCCUGUUGCUGAUGAAGCGUUUGCUGGACAGCGACUUUGCCAACAUCAAGGAGAGAAGUGCCAAGCCGCGGGGGUAGGUGCCAUGGCCACUCGCGCGGCGAGUUCUUUCGCGCGUGGGAAUGCGAACUGGUGUCCGGACCCGAGGGC